AUUUCAAAUAUUGUUCUGAUCAAUUUUAACAACAUUCGAAUACACAAGCAACGUUUAGGUUCAAACGCUCAAAAUCCACAUUUCUAAAUACUUUUCCGAAGCAAUCUUUCAAAAAGAAACAAGUUUCAUUUUAGAAAUAAUUCGUGACACUGAUAGCAAAACUAGUGAUGGAGCAUAUUUCAAAUUUCUUCUUAUUACAUUACACAUUUCGGGUCUUUUUCCUUAGAAUUGCGGGUAAAAUAUAGUCGUUUGUCCAUCAACGGUAAGAUUAGUAAAACUACCAGCUGCCGCGCAAACAUCUUCACAAUGAGGACCAGGAGGGAACUUAAACUUUUCCAUCUCUGUGUUGUGACCGGGAUCGUCCUAUUUUCAACUCCCGUGCCAAAAUGUGAUGCAGAGCCUUGGAUAAAAGCUGCCAACUUCGAUGAAGACGUCGUCAUGUUGCGAAACAAGGGACUGAGGGUUAAGAGCUGGCAGACUUAUUUGGACAACAUACAAUAUCAGUCGGCGGAUAUUUCAACAGGUUCAAAUCUGAUCAAGAAGGUUGCGGGUACCAUUAGCAGAAAGUCCAAGAGGCUAAUCGAUUCGAUCAAGUUGCUGAAGACGGCAGUCGAAAAAGACUAUGAAAAUUUCACCGCCACACCGCAUUUUAACAGAUGCUGCCAAGUGACCAAUCUUACAUUUGACGCGCGAUUUUUCACGGGUGUUGACGUUGAUACAGCAUGCGAUUUGAUCUCUAAAGCUUCCGCUCUAAAUAAGACAUAUCCCACCAAAGCAGUAAUGGAGGUCAUGAAAAAGAAUCUACAGGAAGACCCAAGCAUGAAAUGGCAAUACUUUGGAACGGAGGAAGGUAUCUCAACGGUCUACCCGGCAAAUAAGUACAGCAAACCAUGUGGAAUGUACGAGCCAAGAAUCAGGCCAUGGUACGUCGAAGCCGCAACACCGACCCAAAAGGAUGUUGUCCUCGUGAUUGACCACUCCUUUUCGAUGAGACUACUGGCCGAUCCAACGCAAAGUCAGGAUCCCACCACACUCAUGGACAUUGCAAAGGAGGCGGCAUCUGCUGUUUUGGACACCCUAGAUCCGCAUGACAUGGUUGGAGUGGUGAAAUUCAACGAAGAGGCUUCGACGCUCGCAGGGUGUUACAGCACGGGGCUGGCUCAUGCUUCAGAACACAAUAUCAAGACUCUCAAGACGUUCGUCCAGGGUCUCAACCCAAGUGGCGGCACGUCUUACCUUAAGGCACUGAAUAAGGCGUUCGAUUUCUUUGACGCCAAAGCAAGCGCUGGGAAUACUGAAAAGGUGAUCCUAUUUCUAACUGAUGGCGAACCACAAGAGGGCCAUCAUAAAAUCAUCAAAGUAGUCAAGGAAAGGCAAACGGCAUUGAACAACUCGGUUACUAUCAUGACCUAUGGAUUAGGCGCAGAUAUCGGGGACGCGGCUACCCUGAAAGGAAUGGCAAACGUCGCCACAAAUAAGAAAGGAACAUUUACCCAUGUGACGGACCCAUCGAACCUUCGCAAUAAAAUGGCUUUCUUCUACAAGAAGUUCCAGACCACUGAUACACAAAACAUCUUAUUCACCAUCCCUUACUUUGAUGCAUUUGGUUUGGGUAUGGUGACGACUCUGGCCGACCCAGCAUACCACAAUGGCCGGUUAAUUGGGGUCAUAGGCGUUGACCUUCCUCUCAAUGAUCUGUUCUCCGACUACCGUUUUGAACGCAAUUACGUGUUUGUCAUCGACCUGACUGGCCGGGCGUGGAUCCACCCACUCUUGGCGAAGGCUACAGGGGACGAGUUGACUACUAAUAUCGAUAUUGGUGUGCUUGAGAGGAAUAAGGAGGCAGAGGAGGUGAUUGAGUCAAUGAAACGCGGAGAGAAUGGCACCAAGGUAUUAGUUUCUUACCACGUGCAGGCAUUGGGUGAUCCGUUUAGAGAUGGCGUCGUCAGGCAGAAUCUUAAUUCAACUUAUUACUGGACUAAGGUGGAGGGAAUGAAUUUAUCUGUGUGUUUGGUGAUGGCGAGCGGCGAAGACGAAGGCAUCGUGGACGAAAAUUCGCCGAACCUGAACAAGUCCGUGCCGUUUACCUACCAUCGGUCAGACAUCGAACCGCCUGAGAAACCUUGCAGACACUUCCAGAGAAUCUCGGAAGAAAGAAGUGUGCUACAAUUCAGUCCAGAAUCGUUCAAGGAACCCGCCAAGUACCUCGAGACGAAUGAGACAGCUAAGAUGAUUGAGGCCAUGGAGAAAUACUUGACAUUUGCUUCGAAUGACAACCCAGGAUUCCUGGACGACAUCCGGGCAACUGUUGCUAUGACAAACCAAGCAGACGAGAUUUGGCAGACGAACCGGAAGACGAAGGUGACCGAUUUCAUCGUAUGGCGGUACAUCGGAACGAACAAUGGCAUCAUGAGGAUCGUUCCCUCGGCAAUGAUUGCCAAGGCUUUCAAUCCCGUGUACCGUUCAUGGUACACCCGCGCGGUCAGUCAGCCGGGCAAGAGCGUCUUCUCCACACCGUAUCUCGACGUGGCUGGCGCCGGAAUCGUGGUGACAAUGAGUCAAUCUCUCUACACUGGACGAAACACCACCAUACAAGCGCACUCGACCAAUGACACCAUCAUAGGCGUACUCGGUAUCGACUUUACCCUCGCCUACUUUUAUAACCGAUUGCAAGAAACAUUCCCAACAUGCCGGGAAGCCGGAUUUGAAUGUUACAUAAUUGACAAUAGCGGCUAUCUGGUCAUCCACGAGGAUUUCAUUGAGGCAAAAACACUUGCUGUUCCUGAGAUGGAAAAUAUGCAUAUCACUGUCAAGGAUCCGGAUCUUGCUCGAAGACUGAUCAGUGGCGGUUAUAUGAAGGAACAAGGGUGUAUCAACAUCAAGAGAAUGAGGGAGCAGGUCAGCUGGAAGGUCGACAUCGGCCCCAAAAUCGUCGUUGAGAUGAAAGAUUCAGAUCCAAAGUAUGAAGUGGCCUCCGUCCGAGCCAGCAACAUCUUCCUGGUUGUCAAACAGUUGACAAACUCAGGCAUUGCGACUCCUUGUUCUUGCAUACCAAAGAGCGCGGAGUCGGUGGAGAAGUACGAAUGUAAAGCGGCGGGAAGUUGCCAGUGUCCAUGCCACAACCACACGACUUAUAAAGCUUGCGAAGACAAACUAGAUAUUAACAACUCUUACUGGACCUGCCCGCCCGGAUCUCCAGCACUUGACAUCCCACCUAUCCCAACCAAGGAGAAGGAAAUGGCCCUCAGUCUGGCAUAUUGCUACCAACAGAACUGUACUGGAAAUAUUAAAACGACCUGCAUGAGUCGAAUGGGCUGCAGCUGGUGUAAGAGAGACAAGACAGGUGGGCUCCUGGACAAGCCGUACUGCGCCCCUCAACAUGUUUGCUACUGGGGCAUAGAGUGUAUGCCUGAUCCUUACGAACCGGAAUCAAGUUCAAGCUGCCCAACAGCGACAACAGCGACAACACCGAGCACAAAUACCACACAAGCUCCCCUUGGUCUAAUCGUUGGCUGUACAGUUGGAGGAGUUGUGUUCAUUGUUGGUAUAAUUGUGAUGGUUGUCUUGCUGGUCAGGUGUCGUCAGGGGAAGACAGCAUGUCCUGCAAGAUCUCCAAGUGGCCCGAAUGCAUCAACAAUGACCAGGAUGGCCCGAGGAGACAGCAUACAAUCAGGACUUGACAACCCGCACAUGCGUGACUGCCCUGAUGUGGCCAACGUUGAACCGAAGUAUAUCAGUAUGUUGAGCUUUGACCCUCCGGCCUCGGCUGACAUGGUAGACGAAUCGGGAAUGGAGGCGAACUAUGGGGAAGUGAAUUAUGAAUGGUAGGCAACUGAAAAUUUGGACCUGCCAAGUCGGGUAUUUUCGGAAGUAGAAUGUCGUGAGACUUCCGGUGUUAUUAUCCAAUCUGAAACUCAUUCUGCAUCACCGCUGUAGUAAUUAAAAAUACACGAAUCAGAAGGCCUAUUUUGGUUAGCGCCACGUCGUCAGCUUUACUCCUCAAACUGUCUAGUAGUGAGCGAGGUCAAAAACUUGAGGGCAACGAUUUUUUGGUCAGAAUUUAGCUGAAUUAAUCUCUCGGAAAUAUCUAUAUAUAUACACAUUAUGGCGGAAAGCAUCAAUUCAAGAUAAUGUAACAAGAAAGAAAAAUCGUGUAACGUAAUGUAGCUGCAAAGAAGGAAAAUGGAGUAUAAUGGCCGUUCUACCACCACCUUUGGCCACCUUUGCCCAUUACACUUUGCUAAGCGGUCACCUGGAGCUAACACCAACAGCUUAGGUCUUCAUCGAGUUAUCAUAGUACCACAUUUGAAGGGGAGAAGAUACUUUUUUAUGGUGUAGUGUUAUUUAUUCAAGAUGUAAAGUAGUUAUCACUAAACGAUGGCGGGGCUAUUACUGACUUUAAUUGAAAGGUGCCGUAUAACGCGAAGGUACGAAAGGUAUUAGUGAUAACAAGUUUUGAAUAACUCUGCCCUCGUUAGUCCAAUGUAAAGUGAACUUGCCACCCCAGGAAAUGAGAAAUUCUCCAUAUUUGACUUCAUGGAUAUUAAUAACAAACAGAAUGUACUUCAGAUAUACAUGUAUAUAUAUUUAUGUUAAUUUAUGCGUAUAACAGGUUUUCUAAACAUUUUUUAUUCAUAGUAUUUCUACAUUUUAUGAUAUUGUGACGCUCAUCUCUUUAAAUCCGAUCUCUGCCACGGUUUAAAGGGCAUGCGCAUGUCAAGGGCAGCAUUUCUGUAUAUAAGCCUAUUCGACAGUAAAGAUACCAAUAAAAACAUUACGAUG